AUGAGGAAGCCGGUCGUGGGGCAGGAGAAGGCGGGUCCGCGCGUGGCCGAGGCAACGACGCGGGAUGACGUGCUGCUGCUGCUGCUGCUGCUCCUGCUACUGCUACUGCUGGAGGUGGAGGUGGUGGUUGUAGAUGUUCGCGACGAAGAAGAUGAUGAGCUAGAUGUUGAGCUAGGUGUCGAGCUGGACGAUGAGCUUAACGAUGAGCUGCUUGAAGAGCUACUGGAUGAGACCAAAGAAGCGGCAUUGACUACGACGCUAGUGGUAGAGCCAAGCGAGGAUGUCGUGCUUGUCGAGGUUAGAAGAGAGGAGGUGCUGGAGAAGCUGGAAGACGUCGAUGAAGACGACGAGCUCGACGAAGAUGAGCUGGAAGAGGACGAGGAAGACCUCGUGAGAGUAGAGAAAGUAGAACCUCCAGAUGUAGUCAGCAGUGUAUUUGCUGCAAUACUGACGGCGGUGCUUGUAGAGGAGCUGGACAAUGUUGGUGAACUCGAGGUAGUUUGCGACGUCGAUCCACCACCACUACUACUGUGGCUCGAAGACGCCGACGAGGAGGUCGACGAAAUGGAGAUCGAAGGUGAAGUAGGAGAAGCAGAUGGCGAAACGGUGCUGAUGGAGGAGAGAAGACUCGCAGCAUUGACCACGACGCUAACGGACGACGAGCUACUUGAAGAACUACUUGACGAUGCUGACGUCGAAGUAGGAGAAAUCGAGGUCGAACUACUGGAAGAGCUGAUCGACGAGCUGCUUGAUGAAGUAGAAGAUGUUGACGUUGAGGAGAUGGAAGGUGAAAUAGUGCUACUAGACGAGAGUAAUGUCGCGGGGUUAACUGCAACGCUUGUAGGCGAUGAGCUACUAGAAGAGCUAACCGAAGAGCUGCUCGACGAUGCUGACGUCGAAGUAGGAGCAAUCGAGGUCGAAGUAAGUGAUGUGGUUGAAGGAGAAGGUGACAGAGUGCUACUAAAUGAGAGUAACGUAGCGGGGUUAACCGUGACGCUGGUAGGCGAUACGCUACUAGAAGAGCUGAUCGACGAGCUGCUUGACAAGGUGGAAGAGGUCGAAGUAGACGGUGAAAUGGAGCUACUAGACGAGGCCAAGAUGGCAGGGUUUUCUGAGAUGCUGGCAGACGAUGAGCUACUUGAAGAGGUGCUUGACGAUGCCGGCGUCGAGGAAACGAUGGAGCUGCUUGAAGAAGCAGAAGACGACGCUUCCGCACUGGAUCCCUGGCUAGUCAACGUGCUAGUUGAUGCUGAUAACAAAGUAGGGUCGGCCGUUGUGCUCGCCAACGUUGUUGUCGGUGUCUGUACGUAUACGGUACCGGGCUGGGUGCCACUUGGCUGGACAAUAGAGACGGUCGUCGAGCCUGUCGGCGACGUGCCGCUGGGGGAAAUCGUCGUGAUUGUGGUACUAUCAGCCGCAUCGCUUGCCGUUAGGAAGAUGGUUGUCAUGACGUACGAGGGCUCGGGGGCGGGAGCAGCUAUGAUGAGAGGCUGGGUGGCCGAGGUGGCCGAGGGUUCAGUAAGCGUGCUGGUGCUGGUGUCCUGGACCGAGGAAGUGACGGAUAGGGCUGCCUGGGUAGCAAUGAUGAAGGUACCUGGCGCGGUGCCCGACGGCGCCACCGUCGAUAUCGCAGUCGGUCCUGUGAUUGGGACGCUUCCCUGGUAG